AUGGAGAUGGAGCCUAGUACAGAAACUGUCAGAGAAGAAGAAAAUAGAAAAGCAGAGAUUGUUUUGAAUGAAAACAAGCUAAGAACAAAGAAUGUGAAGAAUAUGACAAGGAAGAAGAAGAGCAGGAGGUUUCAUUUUAUUCCGAAGUUAGGUUGUAUGAGACUGAAUGACGAGUUUCCGGCGGUGAAGGAAAAACCCGACGGUGACGGAGGUUUUGACGUCGAAGCCGGUUGUAAUCAAAAGAAUCACCUGAUUGUUAUGGUCAAUGGAAUCAUUGGCAGUUUAACAAGAGUAAAAGGGGCCUACUAUGAGUUCACCUUUAUAUUCCUACUUUCUCAAAGCUUCUUCCAGUUGCACAACCGAGGCAGUGAUAGGUUCACUGAAACUGCAGGGACGGAGGAAAAUCAUGCGGCUUGGUAUGCCACAUUGGGCAGCGAAUCUAAUGCUUCAAUGUUGACAUUUGAUGGUGUUGAUGUAAUGGGAACAAGAUUAGCAGAUGAGGUGAUAUCUGUUGUAGCUCACCAUCCAAAUCUUCAAAAGAUUUCUUUUGUAGGCCACUCACUUGGUGGCCUAAUCGCAAGAUAUGCAAUUGCUAGUCUUUAUCAACAAGAUUUAUCUAGAAAACCUGGCGAAGAAAAUGGUGAAUAUGAAGGGGAGUCUAACAGAUCAUUUGCAGAAGAGAAAUCAAAAGACAGAAUUGCUGGACUUGAACCUGUGAACUUCAUUACCUUUGCAACUCCGCACCUUGGAUCAAGGGGACAUAAACAGGUACCAGUGUUCUGUGGGCUUUACAGCAUGGAGAAAGUAGCAUCACGUGCAUCAUGGUUACUUGGAAGAACUGGGAAACACCUAUUCUUGACUGAUAGUGAUGAUGGAAAACCGCCUCUUCUGCUUCAAAUGGUCAAUGACACCGAAGAUCUUAAAUUUAUAUCCGCUUUGCACUCAUUUAAACAUCGUGUGGCCUAUGCGAAUGCACGUUUUGACCAUCUUGUUGGGUGGAGUUCAUCGUCACUGCGUAGAAGGAAUGAGCUCCCAAAGAGACGAAAUCUUCAAAAACAUCCUAAAUACCCACACAUUUUCAAUGAAGUGAUUUCAAAAACUGACAAACCUCAAGAAGUUCAUUUGGAAGCCAAAAUUGCUAGAGGCAAGAUAAGUGAAAUGGAAGAGGAAAUGAUGAGAAGUUUAACGAGAUUGAGCUGGGACAGGAUUGAUGUCAACUUCAGAGGAAGUAUACAAAGAUUUCUUGCACACAGUACAAUUCAGGUGAAAACGUACUGCAUAAAUUCUGCUGGUGCCGAUGUAAUACAACAUAUGAUUGACAAUUUUGUAUUAUAG